AUUAUCGAAUAUGCAUUCACGCAUUCAAAAGUAUUUCAAAUCUUAACAAACAAGAAAGAAUUCUACAAUAUCAAAUAAAAAAUUUGAAUAAUUCCAGUAGUGUGGGAUUGUAGGCAUUAAUUAAAAAAUUAUGAGUGAUACAUCAGAUGAAACCAAGUUUUUUACUUAUAAUGAUUCAAUGGAAUCAAACUUUAAGAUAAAUUCAUUUGAACUUCAUCAUGAAGAAAUUAGAGCCAAAUCAAUGAAAGUGAUGAAAAAUCCUACCAAUCAUACAGGCUCAUAUAAUAAAAUAAAUGUAAAGUAUUCGGACUCAAUGUAUCUCUCUUCUCCUCCUUCCAGCAGUCAGAAUGAGCUAAGGUUUUGGUUUGUCAUCAUGUCCCAGAGUUAUGAAUCAAAAGGUUUAGCCUUCAUUUCUAGACUUCAAAAUUACGCCCUAUCAAAGUCGAAAUUCAAAAUUUAUGACCCAGCCAUGUCAUUUGUUUACUCUUUCGAGCCAUGGAUCAUUGUCAAAGAAAUCGAAAAGUACCUCGAGGAAGACAUAAAUUAUCAAAUGUUUUUGUUAAUUCUACCUGAUGCCAAGUUAUCGAUGCUCAGCUCUUUGAAAAAUAUCACAUCUUCCAGUUUAAUAUCAUCCCAAAUCGUGUUAGAAUCGAAAGUGAAUAUGAAUAUUUCGCUUCGUAGCUUCGUACCCAACAUGAUAGAGAAAUGUAGAAUCAAAAUAUGUGGUAACAAAAAGAACACAAAGGCCGAUGUGCUUUCCAGAUUACCUUUGAAUGAACCAGAAGAUCUAAUUCGAAAGUGCAAAGUGUACCAAGAGAAUAUGGUACAAGUGCAAACAUUUUUAAAUACUCAAAGAGAUCAAAUAAAAUAUCUAACCAACCUUGACCCCAGAUUAAAAGUAAUCAAGCAAUACAUCGCUGAAGGAUGGCCCACGAAUCAUAAUAGCUACCAUAUAAAUAUGUAUUACACGAUGAAGCAUGAUCUUAGCGUAGAUAAUGACAUUUUAUUACUGGGGGAGCGCAUAAUAAUUCCCCACCAAUUAAGAGAAAUCCUAUUGGAGAAAAUACAUGAGGGGCAUCCCGGGUUACCGGGAAUGAAAAAAAUUGCGCGGACCUAUGUGUGGUGGCCAAACAUAAAUAAGGAUCUCGCCAUGCUUUGUAAGUGGUGUAGUACUCUUGGAAAACGCGAAAUGUUUUUGUCCCACGAACCGGAAAUUAUUUGGCCCUCAACAAAAAUGGUAGGAGAACGAGUUCACUUAAACCUCAUUGGACCUUUUUUAGAUAAAAUAUGGCUUAUCGCGAUUGACUCUUACUCAAGAUGGCCAGAGGUAGUUGGCAUUUCAUCCACUGAUUCUCAAGCCAUCAUCAACGCACUUCGAGACAUCUUUGUAAACCUAGGAUACCCCAAAACAUUAGUCACAGACGAUGGACCUCGAUUUAAGAGCGUAGAAUUUUUGGAAUAUUGUAUCCGACACGGAAUAAAACAUCUACCAACCUCAUCCCACUCUCCUCAAAGCGAUGGGUUAUCGGAGAGUUUUCUUAGAACCUUCAAGAAUGCGCUACAGGACUCGUCUCCUUCCCGCAUAAAAGAAGACCUCGUUAAUUUCCUUCUAACAUAUCGCAAUACUCCUCACGAGACGACGAAUCAAACCCCUUCUAACAUAUACCUAGGCCGGACGCUAAGGCGACCCUCAAUUGAAACCAAUUCCUCCCUAACGACCAAUGAAAAUAUUUUUCGGCCACUUUUUGAACAUGGCGAUCAUCAAAUAUUGUUAACAUGCAAUACUUCUCAUCCCAUUACAAGCCAAACCUUUUCUAACAAAUACAUAGGGACAACGAGAAGACGAACCUUAAAUACCUCAAUUGAAACUAAUUCCUUGCCAUCGACCAACCAAAAUAUUCCUCAGACACUCUUUGAACGUGAAUAUGAUCGUCGCCCCACGACGAGUCAAAUCUCUUAUAACAAAUACAAUGGGGAAUCGAUAAGACAACCUUUAAAUACUGGAAUUGAAUCUAAUUCCUUCACAACAACCAACCAAAAUAUUCCUCAGACACCUUUUGAACGUGGAGAUGAUCAUCGCGCCACGACGAGCCAAAUCUCUUAUAACAAAUACAAAUGGGCAACGAUAAGACAACCUUUAAAUACUGGAAUUGAAUCUAAUUCCUUCACAACGACCAACCAAAAUAUUCCUCAGACACCUUUUGAACGUGAAUAUGAUCAUCGCGACACGGUGAGCCAAAUCUCUUAUAACAAAUACAACGGAGCUACAAGACAACCUUUAAAUACUGGAAUUGAAACUAAUUCCUUCCCAACGACCAACCAAAAUAUUCCUCAGACACCUUUUGAACGUGAAUAUGAUCAUCGCGAAACGGCUAGCCAAAUCUCUUAUAACAAAUACAAGAGGGAAACGUUAAAUCAACCUUUAAAUACCCGAAUUGAAACUAAUUCCUUCCCAGCUACCAACCAAAAUAUUCCUCAGACACCUUUUGAACGUGAAUAUGAUCAUCGCGACACGGCGAGCCAAAUCUCUUAUAACAAAUACAACGGAGCUGCAAGACAACCUUUAAAUACUGGAAUUGAAACUAAUUCCUACCCAACGACCAAUCAAAAUAUUCCUCAGACACCUUUUGAACGUGAAUAUGAUCAUCGCAAAACGGCUAGCCAAAUCUUUUAUAACAAAUACAACGGGGAAAAGUUAAAUCAACCUUUAAAUACCCGAAUUGAAACUAAUUUCUUCCCAACGACCAACCAAACUAUUUCGCGGCCACUUUUUGAACGUGGACAUGAUCGUCACGCUACGGCGAGUCAAAUUUCUUAUAACAAAUACCGAAGGAUGUCGCCAAGUCAAUCCCUAAAAAGACUUAGACCAAUUGAAACCAAUCCUGAACGAACGACAAGUAAAAGUAUUCCGCAGGCACUUUUUGAACACGAGGACGGUCAAGUAUGGGUAACAAGCUAUCCUCGUCAAGUCACGCUUAGACGACCUUUGGAUACCAUAGAAACCAAUCCCGCAUCAACGAAUCACGGAAAUAUUCCGCGACCAGAUUUUGAACACGGAGAUGAUCAAAUUUGGGUAACACAUAACACCCCUCAUGCCAGGAGUCAUACCCCUUCUAACAUAUACCUAAGGAGAACGAGUAAACGACCUUUGGAUACUCUAGGUAAUACCAAUCCGCCGUCAAGGACAAACGAAAACAUUUUACGAUCAUAUUUCGAACACGGAGUUGAUCAAAUACGGGUAACAUGCAAUACCACUAAUGCUACGACUAGUCAAAUACCUUCUAACAUAUACCCAAGGAGGACGCGUAAAACCAAUACCGCACCACAGUCUAACGGAAAUAUUCCGCGGCACAUUUAUGAACGCGAAAAUGAUGGAGUAUGGGCGCAAACGACCAGACAAACUCCCAGAAGUUCACAUUGGAAAACGGGCCAAGUACAAACCAAGGCGGGAAAAGUAAUAUUAUAUGACAUAAAGCAGAACCGUCGAAUUAGAUCAAAUUCAUCCACACGGAGAAUAAAGAGGGGCAGAGAUGUUCGAUGACUUCCGAGAACGACGACAAAACGGCCAACAUUGAAUAAACAUUUUUGCAACAUGAUAAAAAAAUAUAUAUUUCCUUUCUCAUAAAAUCUUUUACAUAAUCUCACUGUUGUUUUGAUUUUUUUUUGAUAUAUUGGUAGGCCAAAAUUUUAGCUUAAUCGGUUAAUAGUUUUAUUUAAAUUUUGAACAUAAUAAUUAUUUUUGGAUUUAGGAAACUAUCGAAUUUACCAACACAAUCUAAAUGAAACUCUUUAUUUUUCUUUUCUAACUGAGG